GCAGCGCAUGGAUCGGAGUCCCAGGGGAAAUUCGGGGAUAUGAGCAGGCACACAAGCUUUAUGGGAAGUUGCCAUGGGCCUCUCUCUUCCAGCCAACCAUCAAACUGGCCAGAGAAGGUUUUCCUAUUCCUGCGAUCCAAGCUCGAUACAUCCCCUACGCCGAUACCAACUUGACAGAGCCACUAAGAAAGUUGUUCUCAGAUAAGGACGGACAAUUGCUGAAGGCUGGUGAUAUGAUUAAGCGUGAGAAACUGGCCGACACUUUAGAGAUGAUUGCAAACCAGGGAGCAGACGCCUUCUACAACGGAAAAAUAGCAGAGGAUUUAAUCCGUGACAUACAGGAGGCAGGAGGAACAGUCACGGUGCAGGACUUGGCGUCGUAUAGAGCUACAGUGACUGAUGCGUGGGCGAUUACUCUGGGAGAGUACCAGAUGUACUUCCCCCCGCCCCCUGCAGGAGGCAUUAUGCUCAGCCUCAUCCUGAACAUCAUGAAAGAAUACAACUUGAGUCCGGCAACUCUGAAAAAAAAGGAAGAAAAGACACUGGCGUAUCAUCGCAUUAUCGAAGCUUUUAAGUUUGCCAAUGGAUUAAAGAAACACAUCCGUGAUCCAGGCUUCAGCUCAGAAGAAAUGGCCAAGAAAUUCACAGAGGACAGCUUCGCCAAGCACAUACGGAGCCUGAUCAGCAGCGAGGGGACUCAUGAUGCCCAGUAUUACAACAUUACCCCGUAUCUGGACAGCGUGGGCACCACCCAUGUGUCGGUGCUGGCGGAGGAUGGAUCCGCUGUGUCUGUCACCAGCACCAUCAACCACAUAUUUGGCUCCAAUGUCUAUCUCCGA